GAAAUCAGAUAAGGCAACAAGGAUGGAGAAGAGGGCAGAUCUUAGGUCACUUCUUCAGUAUUUGCCUCUUGUGGCUCAGUCUUCAUCUCUUGUCUGGCCACGUGCUGUUGAACAAGAGCUCCAAACAAUGUCUAGGGGACCGAACAAGUCAAUGGUCAACUCUGGAGAGAAUCUUGCCUUGCAUAUCACGAAUAUGCGCAAAUCCCUCUCCUUGGAGGCAUCUGAUCUCGCUCCCAAUCCACUACGAGGGUAUGCUGUUUUCUUUGACAAGAAAAUUUCCAGAGAAGAAUCAGCUAAGUUUUUUGGUGAGGUGGUUCCUGCGUUGUGCGGAUUACUUCUCCAGUUACCUUCAUUGUUAGAAACGCAUUAUCAGAAGGCAGACAAUGUUCUUGGUGGAAUUACGUCCGGGCUUCGUCUAUUAGGCCCUCAAGAAGCUGGCAUUGUGUUUCUAAGCCAGGAGUUGAUUGCAGCUCUUCUUGCAUGUUCCUUCUUUUGUUUGUUCCCUGAAGUCAACAGACGAUCAAAGCAUCUUCAAAAAAUCAACUUUGAUGAACUAUUCUCGUUUCCGUCUAUGAGUCACAGCACGAAGGAGGAAAACAAAAUAAGAUGCCUUAUCAAUUACUUUGAAAGAAUUUGUCGAUGUAUGCCCACCGGCUUCGUUUCGUUCGAGAGGAAAGUUCUUCCACUAGAAUACAAUCCUCAAUAUGUUUCUUAUCCUGAGCAAGAUUACUGGGCCAAAUCCAGCACCCCGCUCUGCUCCGUUGAGAUUCAUACCUCAGGAGCUAUAGAAGAUCAAAGCGGUGAAGCUCUUGAAGUGGAUUUUGCAGAUGAGUAUUUUGGAGGCCUUACUCUGAGUUAUGAUACUCUACAGGAAGAAAUAAGGUUUGUGAUCAAUCCAGAACUUAUCGCUGGGAUGUUCUUCUUGCCUCGUAUGGAUGCAAAUGAAGCUAUUGAGAUUGUUGGCAUUGAAAGAUUUUCACGUUACACAGGGUAUGGACCUUCAUUCCAAUACGCUGGCGAUUACACAGACGAGAAGGAUUUCGAUACUUUGAGGAGGCGAAAAACGAGAGUCAUAGCUAUAGAUGCCAUGCCUAACCCAGGAAGUACACAGUACAAACCUGAUUCCCUCCUUCGAGAGGUUAACAAGGCUUUUAGCGGAUACCUGCAUCAAUGUAAAUAUCAAAUUGAUGCAGACUCUAACUAUACUCACCCUGAGGCAUCAUCUUCGCGGCCUAAUUCUCUUCCAUCAGCUACGGCGAGCCAAGUUAUAGAAAGCUCUCAGAGAUUGUGUAUCGAUCAUGAAGAGAAGAUCGGUGUAGCUACAGGUAAUUGGGGUUGCGGUGUGUUUGGAGGCGAUCCAGAACUAAAGAUCAUGCUUCAGUGGCUUGCCAUUUCACAGUCGGGAAGACCCUUGAUGUCAUACUACACAUUUGGCCUCCAAGCCCUGCGAAAUGUGAAUCAGGUGGUCGAAAAGGUCGCUUUGCAAGAAUUGAGUGUAGGAGACUUGUGGAGGAAGAUAGUGGAGUAUUCUGCAGAGAGGCUCAGCAGAAGAACAAGGCUUGGCUUCUUCUCUUGGCUCAUAGCCUCACUCUCUACUUAG